AUGUCGUCAUCAACUACAGCCAACAAAGCCACUGCCCCGCGGUGCGGCGGUGACGCGGGAACAACCAAGCAGUCGAUUAUUUACAAGUUUCCAAACGCUGUCCCACCGCGAUUUAGCAUGAGAGCUUACAUGUACUCACAGGGCAUCAUGACACCCAUCAUUUUCGUCUCGUUUCUGCUGUCCCUGGUGUGGGUUGAUAUCAGAUACACCAUCAAGAGAUCAAGAAAUCAUAGCCAAGGAGGCUGGAUGCCAUCGUGGCUGCACAACAUCGUGUACCGAAGCUCUCCGUAUCAUUACGUGCGAGUCAAAACGCAAACGACUCCAAGCCCCAAGGCCGAUCAGCAGGAGUGGUACUACCAUAGCAAGCAGAAGAAGCUGUUGCGUAUGGAGGUUGACGAUGCGUUCCAGAUGAGGGGACAGGUUCUAGUGGUACUGGCGCUUGUGUCGCUGGUCGUCGUUUGGGCCUUUUGGCUGUUUGCCAACUGGGCAUGGCGAAGCAUUGGCAGCAGUACCUUCCGUAUCUGA